ACGGCUCGCGACGCGGCCGCCUCGAGAUCCGUGAGAGACGCCAUUUUGCUGACAGCGGGGAGGAGUAGAAGAUUGUUUAGACGCCGCGGUAGGGAAAAAAGAAAAAAGAUCUUCCACCAUGGGGAACAUGUUUGCAGGCCUCUUUAAGAAUCUCUUUGGGAAGAAAGAGAUGCGUAUACUGAUGGUGGGUUUGGACGCUGCAGGCAAAACCACCAUCCUGUACAAGCUCAAGCUGGGAGAGAUUGUCACCACCAUCCCUACUAUCGGUUUUAAUGUAGAGACAGUAGAGUAUAAGAACAUUAGUUUCACAGUUUGGGACGUAGGCGGUCAGGACAAGAUCCGGCCCCUGUGGAGGCACUACUUCCAGAACACACAAGGUCUGAUCUUUGUGGUGGACAGUAAUGACAGGGAGCGCGUGAACGAGGCACGGGAGGAGCUGACGAGGAUGCUGGCGGAGGAUGAGCUCAGAGACGCUGUGCUGCUUGUUUUCGCUAACAAACAGGACCUGCCAAACGCCAUGAACGCAGCUGAGAUCACUGACAAGCUGGGCCUCCACUCCCUCCGGCACCGUAACUGGUACAUCCAGGCCACCUGCGCCACCAGCGGCGACGGCCUGUACGAGGGUCUGGACUGGCUCUCCAACCAGCUCAAGAACGCUAAAUGAUCCAUUCCACCUAGCUCUCUGCUGUCUGCGCUGUGUGCGUGCGUGCGUGCGUGUGUGCGUGUGUGUGCGCGCGUGUGAGCACGCGAGCGUGCGUGUGUGUAGUGAAAACGGCGGCGCUGGACUCGGUCUCUACGUCACCCUCUUUAUCCAUCCCUUUCUUCUGUUUGGUUCUCUAGACAUUUGAGGCUCUCCCCAGUGCUGACUAGUGUACACACACCAGCGUGUGUGUGUGUGUGUGUGUGUGUGUGUGUGUGUGUGUGUGAGAGAGAGAGAGAGAGAGAAAGAAAGAGGGAGGGAGGGUGGGAGCAGCCCUGUUGUGCCUUUGAACAUGCGUGCUCCUCGUGCAGCUCCGUUCUCUCUGUGUUUCUUGCCCCUCUUCAUCUCCCCCUAGUUUUUUCCACACGGCAAAGAAUGACCCAGGAUGCUAAAUGGCACUGGUGGUUUUUUGUUUGUUUGGUUUUUUUUUGUUUGGGUUUUGUUUUGUUAGUUGCAGAAUAAAGGAGAAUAUUGAAAUAAAAGUACAGUCUUGAUUUUCAUCCUCUGAUGUUAAGCAGUCACGCAUGUCUAAGAUGUUACAAGGUUUCAGUUGCCACCCCUUUAUCCCCACUUACGAUGAAACUCGUUGUGACCUGCAUCAGGUUGGGAGCGGAAGAAAGGUCAACGAAGUGCCGUUUUCCAUCCUAGAUCCUUUUUUGUGUUCUUUGAGAGCCGUGCUGUUGAAGCAUUUUAAAGCCCAAUUUUCACGUUAAUUGUUGACUCCCCUGAUUAGCAUUCCUCUGCCCCACAUCCUGGAACCACGUGUGGGUAGGUUCUCUUGGUAAACGCCAGGUAAAAUAAACUCUUAUCAUGUUGUCUGCUGGAAGACGUUUUCUGGGCAUUUUUCCAAGUUGAGGCUAUAUUUUAAAGGAAUAGCCCAACCAGAUAUGCUAAUAUAAGUAAUUAGUGGAACCUUGUAGCUACCAAUUAGCAUAAAUACAUUUGCAGAGUGCUUAUAGGUGGCUAAUUGCUUUAAUUCACUGUUAGGAUCAUUAGCAUUUUUGACUGAACUACUCCUUUAAAACUCAGGUUGUUCUCCAUGCGUGUCCGUGUGAUGUGUUGGAGACCGAGAGGAGAGGAGAGUUAGAGCGAAGCCAAGGAGCAGUGAGGUCUCUGAGGGCUGCUCCCACUCUUAAUGAUAGUUUCCCUUUUCCAUUUGAGGUUUGUUUUUUUUGGGGGGGGGGUGGUCUCCUUUCUCAUCUUUAGCAUGCUCUUUUCGGGCAGGGGUGCAGUCAGGUUCAUUCUUCAGACACGUUUAAGCAGCCUAGGCAAAGGUACUUACAUAGAUUUUUACUGUUAGUACAGAAAAGUGGAAGACAGCUCCCUUCCACGGUAGUGUUGAGCAGGGGUUAAAUCCAGAUUGGAUGCACUGUACUGUAAAUGUCAGAAAUGUCAGACUCUUCCAUAUGGCUGCAGGUGUACACUUGUAGAUGAGCUACUUAAUAAAUCUGUCUCCGCCCCUCUGUUUUGGCUCCUCCCCUUUAUCUGACUGUGUCCCCUGACCCUCAGUCAAUUUCUGAGAAUGCAUCCAUGAUAUUGUAACCAGCAACAGUGUUCACUCUGGAAGUGUAUACCCCUUGACAUCCCCUGCCCCCAAACAACUGACAUGGGUAACUUCUUUUUCUCUGCAACCAGACAUGUAUUCCAAAGACUACUGCGAUUGUUCUUGCAUAUGUCAGAUAUGUACACACUGUAUGACACCCCAUAUCCCCAGAGCCCAUAAUCCUGUAGACCUCUCACAAAGGAGUUGGUCAUUUUUACCCUUACUGUGUCUACAACUGGGUAGCAACAGCUUUGAUUUUACAGGGUUUUGUUUCCCCCACCCAUGUUUCUUUACAAAAUUCACCAGUUUCAGAACUCUAAUGACCUUUUUUGGGGGCCUUUUAUGGUAAUGAUCUUAUUGACAUAAUGUUGUGAGUGGCAACUGAUUAUUUUGAAUGAUAUCAUCUGUAUGGCAAUUAAAAAUGUGUAAGAAAAUGUAUUUUAGAUAGCCAUAUCAUUUAGUUACCCUAUGUUCAGAUGUGAAGCUUUAAUUUUAAAAAUGUUUAAAAAAUGACAAAGGUGUGCAUCUGUUUUGUUCCUUUCCUUUAAAGGUUUUCUUUUUGUUUCUUGCUUUUUUUUUAACCCAUCUUGUAACAUCUGAGAAAUGCACUAUAAUAAAGAGAUCUCUAUUACAAAG